AUGCCUGAAGUCCAAUGUAAGAGGUUUGGAAUUGAGCCUUACCAGAGCCUCCAGGCCCUAACGUUUGCAGUGGAUAAGAUUAAUGCCGAUCCUGAACUUCUCCCCAACAUUACAUUGGGGUUCCAGGUUUUUGACACAUGCAGGAGUCUGCGUCGAGCAGCACAAGGAACGUUUGCGAUGCUUUCGGGAGGAGAGGAAAUCAUCCCAAAUUAUAACUGCCAUGAAGGGGCCCCUCUUGCUGGUAUCAUUGGAGACUCCGGGUCCACACGAUCCAUUCUUAUGGCCCAAAUUUUAGGACUGAACCGAUACCCGCAGAUCAGUUAUUUUUCUACCAGUCCUAUUCUCAGUGAAAGGGACCUGUUUCCGUCCUUCUUCCGUACCAUCCCUAGUGAUGAGUUUCAAAUGAAAGGUCUGGCCCAGCUGGUUUCUCAUUUUGGUUGGUCUUGGGUUGGCCUCCUGGCCAGUGAUAAUGAUUAUGGGCAGUAUGGACUUCAGCUGGUGAGGCAGGAGAUAAUAAAUCACGGGGCCUGUGUGGCCUUCACUGAGAACAUCUUGACCACUGAACCCAACAGGAAUGCUCCUCGCAUUGUCCAAGUCAUUAAGCAAUCAACUGCAAAUGUUGUCAUCGUGAUAGCCUCUGAUUCUGACUUUGUGAUUGUGGUGGAAGAGUUGUUGAAGCAAAAUGUGACUGGAAAGGUCUGGGUGGCCAGUGAGUCUUGGUCAACUUCUGGUUUACUCUCUGCAAAAAGAUUCCAAGUUGUGUUGAUGGGUUCUGUUGGCUUUGCCAUCCAUGCUGGGCAGAUUCCAAAUUUUACCAACUAUCUCAGUAGUCUUCAUCCAUCAAAGAACCCUCAAGAUUCACACCUAUGGGAAUACUGGGAGGAAGUUUUUUCUUGUAAGUGGCUCAGUCCAAAGGACUUAGUGGCCAAUGUUACAUAUAAAGCAUGCACUGGGAACGAAAAGUUGGAGAGCCAAUUAUCUGAAGAGAAUGUCAGAUUAUCCUUUAAUGUUUAUACAGCUGUUUAUGCCAUUGCAUGGGCUCUACAUAACCUACAACAGUGUGUAUCUGGAACUGGACCAUUCUAUCACAGUGACUGUGCCAACAUUUUUUCUUUUCACCCAUGGCAUCUUUUCCACUAUAUAAAAAAUGUAAACUUCAAGAAUCAAGAUGGGAGCUACAUGUUCUUUGAUGAAAAAGGGAACCCUCCUGCCAUUUAUGACAUUGUGAAUUGGCGCCCAAGAGAGAGUACCACAUUGGAGAAGGUUGUAGUUGGGAGUUACGACUUAAAUGUUCCUGAUGGGAAAACCUUAAAAGUAGACAGUUCCAGGAUAACAUGGAGCAAUACUUUCGACCAGGUCCCUCUGUCCAACUGCAGCCCCCGCUGCCCUUUGGGAUUCAGGAAGGUGAUCAUACCCGGGAAACCCCUUUGCUGCCAUGAAUGCUCGUCCUGCCCUCAGGGUCAGAUUUCAAGCCAAAUAGAUGCUGUGGAAUGCCAUCCAUGUUCCUGGGACACGUGGCCCAAUCUACAGCAGGACAGAUGCCUACCAAGGCCUACAGAGUUCCUUUCCUAUGGAGAUCCUUUGGGUUACAGCUUAGCAGCCAUUUCCAUCUUUUCCUCCCUGAUCCCACUCAUAAUUUUAGCAGUUUUUAUUCACCAAAAAAAGACACCAAUAGUCCGAGCCAACAACUACUCCCUUAGCUGCCUUCUCCUGCUCUCCCUGUUGCUCUGUUUCCUUUGCUCUUUAGGGUUCAUUGGUUACCCACAACCUGAAAAGUGCCUUCUGCGCCAGGUGGCAUUUGGGAUGGUUUUUGCCCUCUGCAUCUCCUGUGUUCUGGCCAAAACCAUCACUGUUGUCAUUGCCUUUAAUGCAACCAAACCCGGCAGCAGGUUAAGAAAGUGGACCGGGGUGAAGGUCUCCUACUGUCUAAUUAUGUUUUGUGUAUUUAUUCAGUUAUUUGUGUGUAUAAUGUGGCUCAUCCUCUCUCCUCCCUUCCAUGAACUUGAAACUGACACCAAACCAGGAGUCAUCAUAGUUAACUGCAAUGAAGGAUCACCCACUGCUUUCUGGUGCAUGCUGGGAUACCUUGGCCUCUUGGCCUCCAUCAGUUUCAUUGUUGCCUUCCUGGCCAGACGCCUCCCUGACAGUUUCAAUGAAGCCAAAUUGAUCACAUUCAGUAUGUUGGCUUUCCUCAGUGUGUGGGUGUCCUUUAUCCCAGCCUAUCUCAGUGCCCGGGGCAUGUAUACUGUGGCAAUGGAGGUCUUUGCCAUCCUGUCUUCCAGUUGGGCUGUGGUGGGCUGUAUCUUUGUGCCAAAAUGCGUUAUUAUAUUGUUUAAACCCAACCUGAACACCAGAGAUCAUAUUAUGUUUAAAGGCAGUAAUAAAUAA